GAGCCCUGAGCCCCUCCCAUGAGCACCACCUCUACCUCCAGAAGCAUAGACAUGCUAUAGGAAAUGCGAUCCUGCCCUUAGGAGCCUUAGACAAUCUCACGGAAAGCCUCAUAGUACACGGUGAAAAGUGCCUGCCACACUCCCAGCCCUGGCAGGUUGCCAUCAUGAGGACUAACAAAAAAAUUGCUUGCAGUGCCGUCUUGGUGCAUCCUCAGUGGGUGCUCUCCGCUGCUCACUGUCACUGGAGCUCCUACACCAUCCAGCUGGGUCGGCACAACCUCUAUGCAAAGCAUGAACCAGGAAGUCGGACUAUCAGGGCAGACUUCUCAGUGAGGCACCCACGGUUCACUGAAAACCCAAAACGCCAUGACAUCAUGCUCAUCAAGUUGAAGGAACCAGUCAGAGAAUCUGCCUCCAUCUGUACCAUCACCAUGGCUUCCCAGUGCACAGCCCCUGGAACCACCUGUGUCACCUCUGGCUGGGGUCAACUGGCAAGCGGCUACUUUCCCAGAGUGCUUCACUGUGCAAAUGUCAUUGUGGAAACAGAGGAGCAAUGCAAAGCCUUCUAUCCUGCCUCAUACCCAGGCAUUCUCUGUGCUGGCAACAGAAACACGGGAGCGAAUGGCUGCAAG